AUGGCCCCAGGAAUUCAGAACCAAGUCGUUAGCGACACUACCCUUCCCGCUGUCAUUCCCGAGUCAAAUCAGACACCCGCAAACAAUGCGACUGAACUGCUUUUCACAUUGAAGAACACUGUAACAUUAGUUACCGGUGGAGCUCGUGGACUUGGAAUAACUUUGGCCUGCGCCAUUGCUGAGGCGGGUGGCCAUGUUGCGUGUGUAGACAUUUUGGAACAGCCAUUGCCAGAGGAAUGGGCUGGCCUCGAGAAGAUCGCCAAACGAUCUGGUCUUUGGUGCAAAUACUACCAAUGCGAUAUCACGAACGAGCCGAACGUCGAGCAGGUUUUCGAUGAGGUUAAGCAAGAGACCCAGCGUCUUAACGCACCUUUCAGAGGUACCGUCGCAUGCGCCGGCAUCCAGCAGAAGCAGCCUGCUUUGGAAUACCCAGGAUCCGAUUAUGAGAGGAUCUUCCGUGUCAACGCUGUCGGUGCUUUCCUGACUGCGAAAUACGCUGCCAGGGCCAUGAAGGCAACCAACGUACACGGUAGCAUUGUCAUGAUUGCUUCCAUGUCUGGUAACAUUGCCAACCGAGGAUUGGAUUGCUCCGCCUACAACAGCAGCAAAGCUGCAGUCCAACAAAUGACUCGUUCGCUCGCACAGGAAUGGGGCCAGUAUGGCAUCCGCGUCAACUCAUUGUCUCCCGGUUACAUCCGAACCGCUAUGACCGAUGCCCUGCUCCAAGCCGAGCCCGAGUUGGAGAAGACAUGGAUGGCAGGUGCUCUUCUAGGACGUUUGGGAGCACCAGAGGAUUUCAAGGCACCGGUUGUGUUCCUUUUGGGAUCUGGAAGCAGUUUCAUGACAGGUGCAGACCUCCGUGUUGACGGUGGUCAUUGUGCGUCGGCAUAA